AUGGCGACCCAGAUCGAGUCCCAGUCACAACCACCGCCACCGGCACCAGCACGACCACCGACGCCGGCGGCAGCAGCCACAACCGCCGCUACUGCGCUGACGGACGUCCCCGCCGUCGGCCACCUCGACAAGCACGGCUACCUCUUUGGCAAGAAGCUGGCGGCGUCGCUGUCGCCCAUGUUGCACGACGUCGUCUACACCAACCUAGGCAUCAACUGGGGCCAGGUCCGCUUUGACUCGACCGACAUUGUCACGUUCCUGCAGCUCGUGCGCGCGCCCAACUUCUACGGCGCGUCCGUCACCAUGCCCAACAAGGUCACCAUCCUCCCCUACCUGGACAAGCUGACGCCCGAGGCCACGGCCGUCGGCGCGUGCAACACCAUCUACCUGGAGCAGGACCCGGCCACGGGCCGCCGCCUGCUGUGCGGCGCCAACACGGACACGGUGGGCGUGCGGGACGCGUUUACGCAAAACCUGAGCGAGGCCGACCUCGCCGCGCGCAUCCGCGGCCGCCCCGGUUUGGUUGUGGGCGGCGGCGGCGCCGCCCGCAGUGCCGUCUACGCGCUGCGCGAGGGCCUCGGAUGCACGGCCAUUUACCUGGUGAACCGCGACGCCGCCGAGGUCGCCGCCGUCAUUGCGGAUCUGCAGGCGUCCGGCUUCGGCACCGACAACAUCGUCCACGUCGCCACCGUCGAGCAGGCCGAGGCCCUGCCCGCAGCGGGCGCCGCCGUCGGCUGCGUGCCCGACGUCCCGCCGCAGCGCGAAGACGAGAAGCUGGCCCGCCGCAUCACCGAAGUGUUCCUCGCCAAGGCGCCCAAGGGCGGCGCCCUCCUCGAAAUGUGCUACAACCCGUCACCAUACACGGAGCUGGGCGCGCUGGCCGAGCGGGCCGGGUGGCAGGUGAUUCUGGGCACGGAGGCGCUCAUCUACCAGGGGCUGGAGCAGGACCGGUAUUGGACGGGCCGGACGCUGGACAAGCUGCCGGUCAAGGAGGUGAAGAAGGCCGUUGCCUCGCACCUGAUGCAGCUGCCCAAGAUGUAG